AUACAUCAGCUGCAAGUGAAUACUGUGCCACUGUGGUCUGUGUUGUGUGCUAAGGGCCGGGUGAAGAAUGGAAGCUGAUAGUGCAGGGUUGGAUAGACCAUUUGUCUGUGAUUAUUGUCCAAAAAAGUAUCUUAGAAAAAACAAUUUGGAAGAUCAUGUUCUUAUGGAGCAUCCAGAUACAGAGCAGAUAUUGGUUGAGAUAGGGAACCUGCAUCUGUUUGGAAGGGGGCGAAGGGGUCGUGGCCGACCCCGGGGUUCAACUUCUAGGGCGUCCGACAUUAUCAAGUAUAAGGCGAGGAACGGGAGAUCUAAGGGUAGUUUGAUAAUACAAUGUGAGAUCUGUAACAAGAGGUUUAGAUACCAGAGUGAUCUCAAGAACCAUGUUGAGUCCCAUUUCAGAGGCAGGGGCAGGGGUAGCAGAGGUUCCGGUAUAUCACGAGGUUCAGCUCCGCCCUCACGUGCAGGACACAAAGGAUCAUCACGGGGUCUCUCCCCCAGGAGAGGAUCCUCCAGGGGUGGUCGAGGAUACUCUACCCGGGGUUUAGUAUCCGAGUAUCCUUGUAUAUCUCAGCUCACUAGGACGCGUCCUUGUCUAUACUGCGGGAAAACUUUCUUUGAUAAGGCGGAGCUCUACAGACACGAGGAAACAGAGGCGGAGGAGUUCGAGAGGGACGCCAUGCAUUUCGAGACAGACAAUAAGAUGAAGAUAAACCAGUCAAUGUUUGAGAGUCAGGUUCCGAACCUGGAUCAGGAGAUAGAUAGGACGGAUGAAGAGUUCGGAGAUGAAUACCGUGUACCAACAAACUUGAAGGUUGAAACAAAAAGCCUAAAUUCCUUUUCUGUAACAAGCAACUAUGUAAACUAUGCAACCCAGAGCGUAAACAACCCAGUAUGUAAUAAUGUUGCCAGUCUAAACCUUACCACAACCUUUCAACCUUUAUCCACCAACCCUGUGUACAACAACCAUACCAGUCAGUAUACCAGCUUGGAUCCUGUGUGCUCUGUAUACCAGGGUACCCGGAGCUCCACCCCUCCUCCGGCACACGAGGAUCCAACCACCCAACAUGGAUUCUUCCCUCCUCCUCCUCCUCUUCCCGUCCCACAGUUUUCUCAAGUUUGUCAUAAGAGAUCUGAGGCUGAGUUUCCGGAUCCUAACGAGGAUAAGAUCUAUACAAACCUUCAAUCCAAAGAUGAAUCCCAAACCUGCUCCAGUCUUCUUCAUGUCAACUCUAUGAGUCCUAGUCGGGAGGUUUUGGACCUAUCUCUGCCUAAGAACGGAGAAGAGUUGAAAGUGGAGGAAGUGCAGGAUAUGAAGGUGGACGGCGAGGAGUACCAAAAUAUUGUAUUAGAGCCGUCUUUGAACCCAGAUAGUUCGAGCAAGAAUGAAGAAACGUUAGAAGAAAGAGUUGAACCAAAGGAAACAGUGGAACCUGUUAAAUUAGAAACUAAAGAAGAAGUUAGCGAGGACGUGAUAUCCUUUGAACCCAGCAGUAUGCCAAGCAUGCCGGAGGCCAACAUCUCCUGUCCAGAGUCUCAACAAAAACUACUUCUAGAUCAUGAUGAAAACACUGCCGGUUUGGAGUCCUACGACGAUUACUCCGGACUGAUGAAUCCUGAUGAAGAUGCAGAAUCUAGAUCUCAAUCCCCUCUCCAGUUUGAUGAUCCUAACAGGAUUGACUGUAAGUUCUGUGGAAUGAUCUUCAAUGCUCCUCACGUAAGAAGUUUCCAUGAGAAAGGCCACGCUCAGGAGCACGAAGAAUAUGACGGAGAACUGACGAGACUAUUCUGUGGAUUCUGUGGGAAAACGUUUAAGAAAGCUACCUACAGGAUGCUCCAUGAGAAGGGACACACUGGUGAGCUAACCAUCUACUGCCAGUACUGUGAGAGAAGGUUCAGGUGGGAAAGUGAACUCAAGUCUCACCACAAGUUCUGCUCCUACGAGAAUCCAUCCAAACCUCAGGUUAAGAAGAAACUUCAUUCUACAAACCGACAUAUUGAUAAGGAUGACUGGGUUGCCAACCAUCCUUCUAUGCCAACUGGAUGGAAACUAAGAACUAGGCCUAGACCAACACAAGAAGGACAACUGUACUUUAUAUUCCUAUCUCCUGAAGGACAGGUGUUCCACUCUAGAAAAGCAAUGCUUCAGCAGAUGGAAAAAACCGGAGGAUAUUCUAUAGAAGAUCUGACCAAGGUUCGUAGAAGUGCAAAGACGGGACCGAGGGGACGGAAAGGACGGGGAUCAGGAUCAGGUCGGGAUAGAUCUCCAGAUAUAGAUAUGGAUACAAGCGGUAGCAAUCUUGAUAUCACUGACCUGGAUAGUUCGGAUGCAUAUAGGAAAGAAGGAGAAUCUGAUGAGGUUGAGGUUGAAGGGUCUAGUUCCUCCUGGAGCUGGGACGAAACUUCUCUCCCAGCAGGUUGGAAGGUCCGGUUGAUAUCUCAAUCCUCUGGAGAAUCAAAGUACGAGUUCUUGUCUCCGGAAAAUCAUCGGUUUACCACCAGGAAGGAGGUUUUGAACCACGUGAGGAGGAGGAAGGACGGAACGGACCCUGAGGUUGAGAAACCCAGCUUGGAGCAGAAUGAAACCUCUCCAAAACGGCAACGGUUAGUUUCCAACCAGAUGAUUGUCACGAGCAGGAUCAAAGCUAUGCGCAGAGAUGUAAUUAACAACGAGGAAUUAUCACAGGAAUCAUUUAAUAAAGAGCCGGUAAUAUUCGUGCCAAAAAUACUUAGUUUAGUAAAAAAUAUGGAUUUAUCAGAGUACGAGGGUUCAGAUCUACCAUCGGUAAGAAUACCGAUUAACUGUGUUCACUCAGAUGAAGGACUCAGGAACAAUAUUGAGGAGAUCAAGCAGGAACUCAAGGAACGGCAAAUAGAGUUCGACAACAAGGGUCGCGAGGAGGAGGAUGCUGAGGUUGGAACUGGAGUUCCUGGAACUAGAACUCUCAGGUUCAGACAGAGACAGAACUAUGAGGAACUUGACGAUGAUGUGUUCCAGGCUUUGAUAAGUAAACGUUUAUCCCAACCUCCUCCUCCUCUCCUUGUAGCUCUGGAUAGAUCAGAUGAUGAUACUAACAACGAAACCAAAGGAAGAGAACGGAACCGAUUCUCAGAAGAGGAAACGAAAAUGUUGGAGAAAUGGUUCGACAAGAAUCCGUAUCCUACAGAACAGCAACGACAGGAGAUCAGUGAGAUUAUGAGAAUACCACCGAAGAAGGUUCGGAUCUGGUUUCAGAAUAAACGCUGCAAGACGGAUGAGGGAAAAAUCAAAUGUUUCUUUGCUCGAAACAAUAUUCAGAACUCGGAGGAGGACGAGGAACCGGAUGAAACUGAUUUAGACUUGAUCUCUUGCUCAACCUGUUCUCAAACCUUCUCAUCAAGGACCAAUUUCAAGAUUCAUCACAAGAGGGUUCAUGGUUCAGAUAUAGAGAUACUCGAGUGCAAGGAGUGUCGAAAAGCUUUUGAUACGCAGUGGAACCUUAAAACACAUGGAAUAGAAGCACAUUCUAAAUUUGGUUAUGAAUAUGAAAAUAUAGAAGGGAACGGGAACGAAGAGAGCGGAAGAACUAAGUUCACAAAAACACAAAUUGUUGGAUUGAGAAACUCUUUUGCUCUGAACCCGUAUCCGGACCGGGACGAAUACAAGAAGCUGGAGACGGAUCUCAACAUCUCCAAUAAAAUUUUGCACAGUUGGUUCCAGAACAACAGGCACAGGGAAAAGAUUACAGGACAGUUAUAUUUGUCAGGACACCAGGAUGGAUUGGAGGACUAUACAGAGGACGGGUGGAGACAUGAUGACGAUGACUCCAGAACCAGAUACAAUCCUGGACACAAGAAAACCAAGUUCAGUGAUCAUCAGAGGUAUUAUCUGCAAAGCUUCUUCUCGGAGAAGGAGUACGUUGACGAAGACGACAUCAGCGACCUUUCUGCCGAGCUGAUGCUGUCCCCGAAGGUUAUCAGGAUCUGGUUCCAGCACGCCAGGGAACGAAAGAAGAAGAAUUUACCAAUAAUACCGCGAGGACGGGGUCGAGGCCGGGGAGGGAUGAGAGGGAGAUAUAUACCAACAGGACGGGGAAGAGGAAGACCAGUCAAAGAGAAGAUUGAAGAAUUGGAUGAUGGAUAUUUUGAUCUAGAUGAUGAUUCCAUGUCGAUGGAUUGUCCUGAAGGUUCAACCAUUGAGAAAAUGUCUGAUAAGGUUUCAGUAUUCAACUCCAUCGGCAAGAAUAGGUUUACAGAGUUCCAGAAAGUAUUCCUUGAAGGAUUCUACGCGGAUAUAGCGGAUCCUGACUCAGACGACCUGGAUUAUCUUUGUGAGCAUGUAAACGCAUCAAGAGAGAAGAUACUGGAGUGGUUUAAGGAAAGGAACAGUAAGCAAAGUGAGAAUGAAGCGGAAAGAAUCUGCUCCGAGAUACUCAAUCGUCUCCUAGACAGGAUAAAUUUUGACUCCAAACCCUCCUCCUCUGGAUAUAUAGACCUGGGAGAGAAGUAUUCUUGUCCCUACUGCGGGAAAUCCUUCCCUGAAGAGCAUUUACUUCGAGAACACGAGAAGAUCGAAGCUAUUGAGUUUGAGAAGGAAGCACAGAAGUUUAAAGAAGCAGGCCCAGUAGUUGAUGACGGGGUUUAUGUAACCCUAGAGGAUGGGGUUGAAGAGAGUCAGGUGGAAUGCUUUGAUGACAUUGAUGAUGGAAGUGAUUCGGAAGAUAACUAUUACAGUCCUGAAGAUGACCUGGAUAAGGAUGAUUCUCUGCAGAGCUCUACUGUGGAGGAUCACGUGAAGAGACCACUGAACCCCUUCAUGGUUUGGUUGCAGGAGGAGAGGAAGAAGGUUCAAGAAGGAGGGUUGGAUAGAACCUCGAGAUCUACUGGAGAUCUGAUAAGAGAUCUCAGUUUACUUUGGAAAUCAAUGUCCGAGUAUGAUAAGAUGCCCUACAUUGAAGAAUCUAGACGACUUAAAGAAAUUCACAAACGUGAUCAUCCGAACUACAGUUUCAGUCCAACCCGGAAACGUGGUUCUGCCAAUCACUAUCCUGUCAAGACCUCCCGGAGAACUAACGUUGUAAAAUCCAACAUAUGUAAAAGAUGCCAUGUCGGGUUUACAACUAAAGGAAAUCUUUUCAAACACCUUCGACAUUUCCAUCCGGAAAAUCCGUACGAUCCCAACCAAUACGUUCUGGGUUCGGAAAAAAAGAAGGAGCGGAAUUUACGAAGAUGUGAAAGAUGCAAUAUGGAUUUUAUCUCAAAGAUAGGUCUUGCGCGUCACAUGCUUAAAGCACACAAAGAGCGUCAAGAUUCAUUCAGGUCUGACUAUUACGACGAAGAUACGACGGAUUCCAUGAGUACAGAUCAGUUUUCUCUUCCUAGAUCUAGAGUUGAAUAUAUUGAACCUGUAACCUCUAGCUCCGACAGGUUUGACUCCUAUGAGGAGGAUAUGGAUAGAAAAGCUCAUGUUAAAACAAGGUUCACUGGUCACCAAAGACAAGUACUUCUCGACAGUUUCCACAAAAGUAUUUAUAUGUCCAAGUGUGACGCAAAGGAAAUGUACUUCAGCCUAUCUGACCGGCUUCAGCUGCCAACUAAGAUUAUAAAGAUCUGGUUCCAGAAUGCGCGGAGUGCAAGAAAACGCGGGAAACCUCUUUUCUCCUAAGACCGAGGCCCGACGUUUUUUCCUUAUCUUCUGGGCCAUCUUAAAAUUAAACGUGAAACCAUUAGUAUGUAUUAAUGUGCAUUUAAAUUUAUGUUCCAUACUUUCAAAAUUAGUAUAACAAGUCCUGGGCAAUCAUUUUAAAAUUAACAUUGCUAGAGUAAUUUCUUGAUAAUGUCAAGAUGGAGAAAAUCAAGAUCAUUUCAUUCUUAAUAGCCUUGUAAUUAGCUGACAUCACUGUCUCGAAAGAAAUCUUUUUGUGUUAUUUUGUUAAGCUUUUAGUAGCUCCAUGAACGUAUUUUUUUAUAACAUUUUCUAUGUUUAGUUAGAUUCUGUUUGAUUCUGUAUUCUCGAAAUGACAAUAUUUAGACUUAAAAAUAUUAAAUAUUGUGAAUUUCUAAAUAUUUUAGAGAUUUCAGUUCAGUGAGUUUGUUAAAUAAUAUUUUUGUGCUGUGAUUUUCUUCUAGUCUUGAGGUUAAUGUUUUUCUUUGUUAAAUGAUUUUAGAAAAUUCAAAAUGUACACUGUACAGUAUACACAGUUUACUCUGUAAUGUACACGCUGAUUCGAAGAUGUCGUCUUUGCACGCCGUCGUUUGGUGAAUCAUCAUGCUUCACAAUAAGAUAAAUUUUCAGUUUCUCAGAAAAUUAUUCAUUUUCAUUAUUAAUAGAACCAGUUUAGCGAUGUUAAAAAUUUAGUAUUUGGAAUUUAAUCAAUAAAUGUAUUAUGAUGAA